AAGUAAAAAUAAAUAAAAAAUUUCUUCAAGUUGGAAUAGUGUUCGUAGAAGAAAGAUACUCCAUCCGUCCGGAUUUUAAGUUCUCAGUCUACGCUUUUUUACGUCCGGAAAUAAAGUUCCCAUUAUACGUUUUCAUACACACUCUCCCUAAAAUACCCUUCAUCUUCCCUUCUUUUUUUCCCAUUUCUUUCUUCUUUUUCUUCUUUCUACCUUUUCCUUUCUCCGCCACACCAGAUCAGAGAAGAGGAUUCGAUUGAAGUCGUGCAGAGGAGUCAAUUGAAGUCUGUACUCCAUAUGAGCAGGGGAGUUAAUUCUUGAACUCAAAUUAAUUUGUGGAGAGGAUUCAACUCUUGAAGCCCCAAAGUGGUUUGAAUCGAGAAGUCAAUUGAAAUUGUGCCCUUCUUCGAUCCUGUGCAGAGAAGAUUUUAUGCCACUGUUGUGGGGAUCUGGAGAUCCAUUUCCGUAGAAAUAGAUUUAGGGCGGAGAUUCGCCUUUGUUCCAUCGGAAAAAAAUGCAGGCAGAGUAAAUUGAAAUUGGACUUGUGCAACAGAGAAAGCUAGGGGUAUUUUGGACAAAUUGUACACAAAAUCAACUUUCCAUAAAAAAGACCAAAAGUCAAAGAGAACUUAAAAUCCAGAAGCGGGAGUACUAGCGGACAUAGAAUCCACUUUUUGGUCAAUUCAUUUUCGUUCAUUCUCUCGUCUAGUCAUCUCUUUCCCAUUUCUUUGUUUUCUCUUUACUGCGCAUUCCCGCCACCUUCUCCAUCUCCGGGACUCCAUCUGAAGAUCGGCGGUAGGUUUGGAUUUUUCUUUUAGCGAUUCCAAUCUCUCUACACCCUCUCUCUCUCUCUCUCUUAUAAUAUCUCUCUUUUUUUUCCCUUUCGGGUUGCUUCGUUCCCGUAUUUGGAGUCUAAGAUUUGGACUCCAUUCUUCGAUUGGGCGUGAAUCGGAAUCUCCAGAUGACAUCUGGAUCGUCCAGGAGAAGCAUGGCUCCGUUCCAGGGAAAGAAGAAGACAGGGGAGAACGAAGUAGGGCCGGCCGAUUCAGUCUCCAGGAAGUCUUUUCCUUUGACUCGCUCCAUAGGACCGACAGGAGAGCGGACAGUGAAGAGAUUGCGGUUGUCAAAAGCCCUCACAGUACCUGAAACAACAAGCGUAUAUGAAGCAUGCCGCCGUAUGGCUGCCCGUAGGGUUGAUGCUUUAUUGCUUAUUGACUCAAAUGCAUUAUUAUGUGGGAUCUUGACUGACAAGGAUGUAGCAACUAGAGUAAUUGCUCACAAGCUUAAUGUCAAAGAAACACCCGUUUCUAAGGUUAUGACAAGAAACCCAGUAUUUGUACUUUCUGACACUCUUUCUGUUGAAGCAUUGCAAAAAAUGGUGCAAGGAAAAUUUAGACAUUUGCCCGUUGUGGAAAAUGGUGAGGUCAUUGCUCUGCUUGACAUAGCAAAGUGUCUGUAUGAUGCUAUUUCUCGCUUGGAAAGGGCAUCUGAGAAAGGAAAGGCUAUUGUAGAUGCAGUUGAAGGCGUUGAAAAGCAUUGGGGCGCAUCUGUGUCUGGCAAUACAUUUAUCGAAACACUGCGAGAGCGGAUGUUUAGACCCUCAUUGCGUACAGUUAUCCCAGAAAAUUCAAAGAUUGUUACUGUUGAACCAAGUGAGACUGUUGUAGAUGCCGCAAUGAAAAUGCUUGACAGUGGAUUAAGCUCUGCUGUUGUAACAGUUGACAGAAAACCACUCGGGAUUCUCACUUCAAAAGACAUCUUGAUGAGAGUCAUAGCACCAGAUCUUGCUCCUGAGUCCACUGCAGUGGAGAAAGUCAUGACCCCUAAUCCAGAAUGUGCAAGUGUUGAUACAUCUAUUGUUGAUGCUUUACAUAUAAUGCAUGAUGGCAAGUUUUUACAUCUUCCGGUUGUUGAUACAGAUGGAGCAGUUGUUUCCGUUGUCGAUGUGCUUCAUAUCACUCAUGCAGCUAUAACCACGGUAGGAAAUACUGCUGAUGUGAAUAAUGAAGCUACCAAUUCAAUGAUGCAAAAAUUUUGGGAUUCUGCCAUGGAACUGGCUCCUGGUGAUGAUGAAGAGACACGUAGUGACAGUUCUCUGAAAAUGGCUUCGGAAGGAACACAGACAGGAAGAGCUCUUCCAGUUCCUUCAUCAAACCUGCCAACUACUUUUGCUUUUAAAAUUCAAGAUAAAAAGGGAGGGAUGCACAGAUUUACAUGCGAGACUCGAAGCAUGAUGGAUGUCAUAACCGCAAUCCUUCAGAGAGUUGGGGAUGACAUUGACAGGAAUAAGCUUCCCCAGAUUUUUUAUGAAGAUGAAGACCAUGACAAAGUUAUACUUGCAUCAGAUAGCGAUCUUGCUGCUGCAGUUGAACAUGCAAGGUCUGCGGGUUGGAAGGGGCUGAGAUUGCACCUAGACUAUUCAGAAACCCGGAGUUCUGGUUCUAGUAGUAUAGGCUAUGGUCUUGCAGAUUCAUGGACCUCGGCAUACAAUGCUGUGGCAGCUGGUGCGGCAUUAGCUGCCGGAUUAGGCCUAUUUGCUUUCUUGAGAAGAUCUGGCAACUGAUUUCUUUUUUAAGAACUUUUCCAUAUAUUGAGUGUGCAGUCAAUUGAGUGACCCAUGCAAUAUAAUCUGCAUACCUGAGGUAUUUUCUAUUUAUUUGCCUGUAGUAUGUAGCAGUGCAGUGGUUUCCACUCCCACCAUAGCCACUUCCAUAUCUGCUUGGUCAUUCAUAAUAAAGUUUGCCCUAAUCCAACAAGGCAAUAAACUCCCAUGGUUUGAACUUCUUUUAUGUAAUGCUUUUUUGAAGGAUCUUUUAUGUUAUGUUAACUCAAACAACUUUGAUAUAAAAAAUCAAAUCAUUUGGUGAUU